AAUUCGGGACGGGGUAUAAAUGUAUAAAUAUAUUAUAGUAUAACAAGAACAAUGGGAGCGUUUGUGCAUAUAAGUAAUUGCAGGCUUGUUCUUUUGUUGACCCGUUAAACAAUGACAGACCUUACGCCCCACCAACGCACACGUCUCCUACGCUCCACUCGCAAACUCGGUGCCCUCCUCGGCACCACGCCCCAAUGCCAGUCCGUAAACACUCACAACUCAAACCUCUCCCUCUCCCUUGCACCAGGCACUGGCCCAGCCCUCGUCCUCCGCAUACACACCACCGCCACCACCACCGCCCUUCCUAAUGUCCACUACCCGCUCUCUCCCGUCUCCCCCGUCCUAGACAGGAAGCCCGAUGACCGACGCAAGCGUAUGGCCAAACUCGCCCGCACUUUCGGCGAGAAUGUCCCCCCCGAGCUCGUGUCGUCUGUCCCUGCCCGCCGCCCUAGGCGCCGCAGUUGCAGCAUCGACACCAUCCUCUCUCCCCUCCCAAAACCCGUCCCGCUUCCCUCCUUUCACGAGGAGUCGGAAGAUUCCCCUCUCCUCCCCUGCAAAUUCUCCCGCUCAGCUUCCGUCCGCGCCACUUCCAAAUCACCCGUCCUUAUUAAACACGACGUCCGUUCACAGAGCGUCGACGAGGGUGAGCGCAGGCAUUUCCAGGACCGCAGUCAUUUUUGGGGCCGUCGUAAGGAAAAGGCCUGGUCUGGAGAGUGGAACCGCCGUGAUCGCGAAGACGUUCUUAUGCAUUUGAGAGCCCUAAAGGCUUCCCUUUAAUCCGCUGGUCGGAAUCAUAUCACGCCCUUUAAUAUUACAUUCUCUUACCUAUUCUUUGUUGUAUUCUAGUCACGUAUCCUAUACCAUUAUAGUACUGAUCACCUUCUUUACCCGACAAAUACAUAAGCCUCGUUUGCAU